GAAAAAGCCCAGUCCGUCCGCACCAAACAAGGCGCAGACUGACCCCCUCGCUCCAAGACUCCCCAGACCAGAUCAGCAGCAUGGGCACUCGUGUUUACGUGGGCGGACUUCCGCGCGACGCUACUUCGCGCGAGAUCCAGGACGGAUUCAGCCGUUACGGUCACGUGUCCAACAUUUGGGUGGCCCGCAACCCGCCAGGCUUCGCUUUCGUGGACUUCGAAGACCCGCGUGACGCUGAUGAUGCUAUUCGCUCCAUGGACGGCCGUGACUUCCUGGGUGGACGAAUUCGUGUUGAGCUGGCUCGUGGUGGCAGCCGUCGCGAUGGUGGAGGCGGCGGCGGUGGCGGUGGCCGUCGUGGAGACGAUGACCGCCAUGGCCGUGGUGGUGACCGUUUCGAGCGUGGUCGCAACCCGCCCCAACGUACUGACUUCCGUGUGCGUGUGACGGACCUGCCGCGUGAUGUGGACUGGCGUAACGUGAAGGACUUUCUCCGCACGGGUGGCGAGGUCACCUACUGCAACAUCGAGGCUGAUGGCUCGGCGAUCGCUGAGUUCCAGACCAAGGAGGACAUGGAGGACGCCGUCAAGAAGCUGGACGACACCGAGUUCCGUGGAAGCUACGUGCGCGUUGCCCCCGAGGGAGACUCGAGCCGUCGCUCCCGCUCUCGCUCUCCUGCUCGUGGCCGUUCACCGAGCCGUCGCUCGCGCUCGCGCUCGCCUGCUGCGCGUAAGGACUCACCGCGCCGUUCGCGCUCCAGAUCAGCCUCACCGGCCGCUGGUCGCUCGCCCGCUCGCAAGAACUCAGCUUAAGGUGGUGUCGAAAAAGAGCUGGAGGCCUGCUAAAGUCAGCGUCGAGAGCCAAGAGGGCCCUUGCUCACUCGCGUGUGCAGUGGUUGACAGGCCAAACAACUUUUGUUGUCCCGUGUCAAAGGUACAAGCACAUUAAAACGGUGGCAAUACUUCCUGUCUUAUCACAUUUUACUCAUG